GAUGUACAUUUUCAUUGCUGUCGCGAUAAUCAUCGUAGCAACGGCGCUAUGGUGGAUAAACGACCAACACAGUUUGCCACCAGGCCCUUGGGAUUUACCCCUUUUGGGUUUCCUCCCUUGGCUGGACCCCGAACAUCCCUACGAAACCCUAACAUCACUCGCUAAAAAAUAUGGGACCAUCUACACAUUCAAUUUAGGAACAGUACGCACAAUCGUCCUGUCAGAUCAUAAGAUUGUCAAACAGGCCUUUAUGAAGGAUGCACUGUCUGGAAGGGCGCCUUUGUACGUUACACACGGAAUAAUGAAAGGACAUGGUUUAAUAUGUGCUGAAGGAGAGUUAUGGAAAGACCAGAGGAAAUUCACCUCUUACUGUCUAAAAAAUUUCGGAGUGAGCAAAUUUGGUUCAAAACGCACUGAGCUCGAGUCAAUGAUAUUAAAACAUGUCGAAAAUUUGAUAAAGGAAAUUAUAUCAAAAAUGAAUAUAAAUGGUACAGUGACAUUUGAUCCGUUUGAAGAUCUUAGACAUAGCGUUGGUACGUUGGUGUGCCAGCUUGUAUUUGGGAGAUCAUGGGAAAAGGAUAACGAAUUAUGGAAAUGGCUCCUGUUUACCCAAGAAGAAGGAACUAAGUUAGUAGGUGUUUCAGGACCACUCAACUUUUUACCGUUUUUAAGAUUUUUGCCAAAAUAUAAAAAGUCAAUGGAUUUUUUGGUCGUAAACCAGAAGAAAACACAUGAAACUUACUCCAGAUUCAUCCAAGAAGAAGAAAAAGUAUUAAACGAACUGAUAGAAUCCGGCAAAAGUCCAGAACCAACAAGUUUUGUUCAAGCCUAUUUACUAGAGAGACAAAAAGACAGCAAAGCAAAUGUUAAAGAUAAAUUUUAUUCUGAUGUUCAGUUGCAUCAUUUUCUCGCAGAUUUGUUUGGAGCCGGGCUCGAUACUACAUUAACUACUGUAAGGUGGUACGUGCUGUAUAUGGCAACUCACCCCAAAAUCCAGGACAGGAUUUUCGAAGAAUUAAGCGUGUUACCAAAGGAUCGUUUGCCAUGUUUGGAUGAUUUACCAUCAUUACCGUACACGGAAGCUUCUAUAGCGGAAACUCAACGUAUCAGAUCGGUUGUACCAUUGGGCAUACCUCAUGGGUGCAUGGAAGAUAUCGAACUAGAUGGGUACGUGUUGCCGAAAGGAUCGAUGGUUGUGGCUCUUCAAUGGGCAAUCCACAUGGACGAAAAACACUGGCCCAAUCCUGACGAAUUCAAUCCUGACAGAUUUAUUAAUGCAGAAGGACGAUUUUUCAAACCCGAAGCUUUUAUACCUUUUCAAACUGGCAAAAGAAUGUGUGUAGGGGACGAACUGGCAAGAAUAAUAUUGUUUCUUUUCUGUUCGUCGUUAAUAAAAACCUUUGCAAUUUCCGCCGAAAGUGAACCAGAUUUAACUGGAGAAUGCGGAAUUACCUUGAAUCCGAAACCUCACACUUUAAGGUUCACGUUGAGACCUUGAUUGUUGCUUUAUAAUCGAAAUACAUACGUACGUACGUUUAUUUCUCUGUAUUGUCCCAUUACCACGUAGUAAAAAUGAAAAAAAAAAAAAAGAAAACGCAAAGCAAAUAAAUUCGUUCAUUACAAAAAUA